UGAAAACAGACUUAAGAAAUCACUGUACGGUUGAAGUUUCAAAAUGGCCGAAUCUGGAGGAUCAUUGUUUAAGAAAAGAACAAAACAACAUGUUUCUCGACGGAAAGCAAAAAGUGAAUCUGAGAGCAGCAAUUCAGAUGAGGAAGGAAAUGUUGCUGUCAAGAAAGCAAAAAAGUUAAAACACAAUCCUAUGGUUCAAGGGACAAAGGGAUUCCAUCGAAAACAUGAAGUAGAUUACAGUGGAAGUGAAAGUGAGGAUGAAAACAAAAUAUCAGUCAGCUACAAAUCGAGUAGAACUGGGAAGCGAGCUGGGCCAGAUGAUAUGGGAGCUACAGCGACGGUCGAAAUUGACACAGAAAAAGACAAAGAUGCUCAGGCCAUAUUUGAAAAAUCACAGGAAAUUAACAAGGCUUUAAAAGGAAUGGAAGAUGACAAGAUAUACAGGGGUAUUAAUAAUUAUGCUCCAAUCAUAGAGAAAAAAGACACAGCACAGGGCAAUGCUUCUAGUGGAAUGGUUAGGAAGGGUCCAGUGAGAGCACCUGCACAUCUAAGGGCCACAGUGAGGUGGGAUUAUCAACCUGACAUCUGUAAAGAUUACAAAGAAACUGGCUUCUGUGGAUUUGGAGACAGCUGUAAAUUUUUACAUGACAGAAGUGAUUACAAACAUGGCUGGCAGCUAGAGAGAGAGAUGGACGAGGGAAGAUACGGAAAAAGUGAUGAAGGGAACUAUGAAAUCAGUAGUGAUGAGGAUGAGAUGCCUUUUAAAUGCUUUAUUUGCCGAGAAUACUUCACUAAUCCAGUAGUUACAAAGUGUAAACAUUAUUUUUGUGAGAAGUGUGCACUAAGUCAGUACAAGAAAUCAAAGAGGUGUUUUGUGUGCAAUGAACAAACAAUGGGAGUAUUCAACCCUGAUACAGAGCUGAUGGCAAAGAUAAAGAAAGCCAAAGAAAGCAAAGGAUCACUGGACUCUGAUGUAGAGGAUACAGGGGGUGGGGGAAGUGAUGAGGAGGACUGA